AUGUCUCAACCAGAGAGCCCCGCCGAAGUCCCCGACGGCCAGCCGAACCCUGUGCUUGUUGGUCCCGGGCUAAAGGCCCUGAAGGAGCAGGCGUAUACCCAAGCGACCAAUGCAACCCCUGCUGUGGAAACGGAUGCGAUGCCUUCAUACUUCAACAACGUUCCCGGGGACUCGCCGGUGGACGCCGACCCCGCCGACAUCACCAACCCAGUGCAGAGUGCAAGGAAAGCAUCCUCUGGUAUGGACUUGCUGCGCCGCCUGAGCUUGACGUCUGAUACACCUACAUCACCCGAGAUGGACCCCCGUGUGCAACAUCCAGGCCUUCGUCUGAGUGGCCGCCUUAUCAGUGCCGCCUUCUGUAUACCAUACAAGAUCGGCUUUAAAUCAGGAUCGGACUGGGAGCUCAAACCACGAUCCGGUACCUCGGCACUUUUUGACUCGUUCGCACAUCUGGCUUCGGACGAGACAACAUGGUCCCAUACCCUGGUAGGCUGGACCGGAGAGGUUGAGCCAAUUGUGGAUCUGAAAUCACCACUACAGCAGAUCCAGGCAAAUGCUGGAGCCAAGUUGCCUGCAACCCCAAACAGCGCUAUUGUCAACCAAACACUGAACAAGGCUACUGCUCCGGUACCGGUGGAUGCAACCCAAAAGCCACCUGCCCACCCAUUGGUGGAGGGAAUCAAGGUCAGCCCGAAGGAACGAGAGCAGCUUGAAGAGAAGUUGAGCACAGGUCGCCACGGUAAGGUGGUACCAGUGUGGCUGUCAGAUGCCCCCGAGGAACCCGAAGAGACCAUCCUAUUGAAAGAUCAGGGGAGGUGGCGCCGUUACGCAGAACGUGAACUCUACCCUCUUCUCCACUACAAGCAGCACGGCCCAACAGAUGGCCGAUCUGAGCGACGCUGGUGGGUCGAUUAUGUCCGUUUGAACCAGUUGUUCACCGAUCGAAUUGUGCAAGAAUACCAGGAGGGAGAUGUGGUCUGGAUCCAUGAUUAUCAUUUGUUCCUUCUGCCCAGUAUGUUGCGGCAACGCAUUCCCAACAUCAAGAUGGGCUUUUAUCUCCACUCGCCCUUCCCCAGCAGCGAGUUUGUACGGUGCCUGGCGAAGCGCAAGGAAAUCUUGGAAGGAGUGCUUGGUGCAAACAUGAUUGGAUUCCAGACAUUCUCUUACUCGCGUCACUUUACUUCAUGCUGCACCCGUGUCCUGGGCUUUGAAUCCAAUUCUGCUGGUGUCGAUGCCUACGGCGCUCAUGUCGCAGUGGAUGUCUUCCCUAUUGGUAUCGACGCACGUGCCAUUCAAAAGGCUGCCUUCGGGGCCCCGGAUAUAGAAAAGGCAGUGCUGGGGAUUCGCAAGCUCUAUGCCGGAAAGAAAAUUAUUGUUGGCCGCGAUCGGUUGGACAGUGUUCGCGGUGUGGCGCAGAAACUCCAGGCAUUUGAAAUCUUCUUAGAGCGCUACCCCGAGUGGCGCAACAAAGUUGUUCUCAUCCAAGUGACAAGUCCGACUAGUGUGGAAGAGGAGAAAGAGGACCCCGACAAUAAGAUUGCUGGUCAAAUCUCCAACUUGGUUUCGACCAUUAACGGCAGAUUUGGUUCGCUGAGCUUCUCGCCUGUUCAGUACUACCCACAAUACUUGUCUCCGCGCGAGUAUUUCGCUCUCUUGCGCGUGGCUGAUGUCGGAUUGAUCACCACGGUACGAGACGGUAUGAACACAACCAGUCUGGAGUAUAUCGUCUGCCAGCAAACCAACCACAGCCCUUUGAUUCUUUCAGAAUUCUCUGGUACCGCGGGUACCCUGCCUAACGCUAUCCACAUCAACCCGUGGGAUCUUGGUGGAGUGGCCAAGGCCAUUGACCAAGCAUUGAAUAUGCCUCCAGAUCUGCGCAAGGACCAGCACGUAAAGCUCUACAAGCAUGUGCUCACCAACACAGUUGCGAUGUGGUCAAGGCAAUAUCUCAACCGCCUACUAACCAACCUUUCGUCCUUUGACCAGUCCGCUGCUACACCGGCGCUUGAUCGCGCAAAAUUGAUGAGACAAUACCGCAAGGCUCGAAAGCGUCUCUUCAUGUUUGACUACGACGGCACAUUGACACCGAUUGUCAAGGACCCGCAGGCCGCCAUUCCUUCAGACCGGGUGCUUCGUACUCUCAAAAGCUUGUCUGCUGACCCGCGAAAUGCUGUUUGGAUUAUCAGUGGACGAGACCAGGCCUUCCUGGAUGAGUGGAUGGGCCAUAUCCCGGAACUUGGAUUGAGUGCCGAGCACGGUUGUUUCAUCCGACAGCCUCGAUCAGAUGAUUGGGAGAACUUGGCCGAAAGGAGUGAUAUGGGCUGGCAGAAGGAAGUUGUCGACGUAUUCCAGCACUACACUGAGCGCACACAGGGUUCAUUCAUUGAACGGAAGCGGGUGGCAUUGACCUGGCAUUAUCGUCGGGCUGACCCGGAGUACGGUGCCUUCCAAGCUCGUGAGUGUCGUAAGGAAUUGGAGGACACCGUUGCCAAACGGUGGGAUGUGGAGGUCAUGGCAGGCAAGGCCAAUCUGGAAGUGCGACCUACGUUUGUCAACAAGGGUUUCAUCGCAACUCGUCUGGUCAAUGAAUACGGUACUGGGCCAGGAAAAGCACCGGAGUUCAUCUUGUGUCUGGGUGAUGAUUUCACCGACGAAGAUAUGUUCCGCGCUUUGAAGAAGUUCGAACUCCCUCGUGAUCACGUGUACUCAGUCACCGUCGGCGCCAGUUCGAAGCAAACUGAUGCCAGCUGGCACUUGUUGGAGCCAGCCGAUGUUAUUGGAUCGAUCCAAAUGCUCUUUAGCAGCGCCAACCAAGACCAUUGA